AUGAGUGUGGCCGGUGGGCUUUUGACCCUGCCCGCCUUCAAUGAGCAGUUCCCCCGAAUGGACACUAUCAACACUACGGGUGCCUUGAAUAAGGAGAACUCGACGAUCCAAGGCACAGUUAUUGCUCUCUAUACGGUCGGUGGUAUCUUCGGGGCCUUGUCAUGCGCCCAUCUAGGCGAUAAACUGGGACGGAAAAAGAUCAUGUUUGCGACGAACUUGAUCUGUAUGGUUGGCUGCAUUCUCAUGGCAACUUCCUUUCAAUUUGUUCAAUUUAUUAUCGCAAGAUUGGUCCUUGGCGUGGGAAUUGGUGGAUAUACAGCAACCGUGCCAGUUUGGCAGUCAGAGAUCUCACCACCCAGCAAGCGAGGCUCGAAUGUUGUGACGGAUGGCGUUUUUGUCGGCGCAGGUGUAACGCUAGGUCUUUGGAUUGAUCUUGGCUUUUACUUUGUCAAAGACAACUCUGCAUCCUGGCGUGUUCCUUUCGCUUUGCCCUCGCUGUUCUGUAUCUUGGCAAUGGCUGCUAUUCCAUUUAUGCCAGAAUCGCCGCGUUGGUUGAUCAUGACUGGUCAACUUGAUAAGGCUCGCCAUGUGAUGGCAGCUCUCCAAGAUCUUGAGCCUGACUGUGAUGAAAUCUCCGAUACUAUCAAUGAAGUCCAAACGACUCUCGCCGUCUGUGGAAACACUAAUUGGACUGCCAUGUUUACUAAUGGAGAGCAACGUCUCUUCCAUCGUGCAUACCUCGCAGCCACCGGCCAAUUCUUCCAGCAAAUGUGUGGUGUUAACUUGAUUACCUACUACGCAACCAGUAUCUUCCAGCAAUAUCUCGGUAUGGACGAUGUUAAGUCCCGUAUCUUGGCAGCAGCAAUGGGUAUGAUGCAGCCAUUUGGCGGUCUGUUUGCCUUCUUCACUAUCGACAGGCUUGGUCGUCGGCCACUCAUGCUCUGGAGUGCAGCAGCUAUGUCCGUUUGUAUGGCCGUCCUUGCUGGCACAACAUCGCCCUCAGCCCAAGACAACACCGGCGCCUUGGUCGUCGCUGUCAUCGCACUUUUCUGCUUCCAGUUUAUCUUCACAGUCGGAUAUUCGGGCCUGACCUUCCUCUACGCUGCCGAACUGGCUCCCCUGCAAGUCCGUGCCGCUGUCAGUGCCGUCUCGACCGCCACUGUCUGGGUAUUCAAUUUCCUGCUUGCAGAGGUGACACCUAUCGGAUUUGCUACGAUUGGAAAUCAGUAUUAUAUUGUUUUUGCUGUGAUAAAUGCUAUCAUCGUCCCGUCGUCGAAGAACAUCUUUGACCCUCCUCGCGUGGCACGCCGUAUGCAGAACACCAUCCGAGCGGAUCAGCCAGUUGGUCUACGUGACUCUGAGAGUGGCGGUGAGACUAGUGAGUAUGUCAAGGAAGAGGUCAAGUCUUGA